AUGUUAGUAGAGUGGAAAAGCGAUCUGGCGGGCGUGAGUGCCGGAAUAAACUAUCGAAGCCCUCAGACCUCUGCUUCAACAUUGGGUAAGGAGGCGCUGGGGCCAUCUCAGCUACCGACGUGUGCAGAUGCUGUCCGGACACGGAUGCUUCGGUUAUCUCAGCACAAAGAAGUAGGGUGUGAGAGAGCGAGUAUUCAUUCCGUAUUUGCGGCCGUCAUUGCAGCUUCUCCACAGGAUGCGGCGCUGGCGGAUAACUGCACAGCUUCAGGAGGCACCACGAGCGUUUGUGAAUGCGAUACCCGCGGACGGGAGGGCGGGCGUUCACUUGCGCCGUCAGGAACAACAGGGCCGCCAACACGGCGAGCAGAAGACGCUGGAGUUGCAUAA